AUGGAGCUUAGUCGACGAAGUCGGCCACAAGAUCUCACCGAGUUGGUCCAUUGCAAACGCCAAGUGCUGCACAGAAUCGUGACCUGCGUGGAAACAAUUUUGUCCAUCCACAAGUUGUUCAGUUCGGUGCAGACAGCCUGGGCUCAAACUCAUCCGGAGACACUGUUGAGGUCGGCGAUUUCGAUCCGAGGACGUGGCGACUACACACGACUGUGCAUGACAAUAAACCAGGCGAUUUUGAUGGCUCUGUCGGUCUGCACCAAGCACCUACGAGCUCUUGGACUGGAUUCUGACGACGAUGGUGCAGCGCACGAGGAGGUGGUGGAUGGCGAAGAGGAGGGGGCGGAGGAGGAGGAGCAGUUGGAGGAAGCUGAGUCGGACACCGUAAUCGCGUUGUUUUGUGAGUUCGUCCGGCACUUGUUUUCUAAUUGUAGACACCAAUCACCGUACUCAGAUGAGGAUGCAAUCUUCAAACGAAGCCAACGGCUAUGCGACUUAAUGCAAAUUUCAUUUCCCCAAUUCAAUUUGGAUGGUCAGCGGAAUAUUUGGAUCGUGAAACCGGGCUCAAAAUCGCGCGGAAGGGGUAUUACUUGCCAGAAGAAACUGGAAACAAUUAUUCUCCUGACUACGGGAACAGGUAUGACAAUGGACGAACGAUUCGUGGUGCAAAAGUACAUCGAACGUCCCUUGCUAAUUUACAAAACCAAAUUCGAUAUUCGACAGUGGUUUCUGGUUUCCGACUGGCAACCGUUGACGAUCUGGUGGUACAGAGAGUGCUACCUGCGUUUCUGCUCUCGCGAAUUCACCCUGGAUUGCUUUAGUGAGGAUAUACACCUUUCCAACAAUUCCAUCACACACAAGUACAAGAACGGCAAUAGAUCGCCUUUGCUGCCGGCUGAAAAUAUGUGGUACCUAGAAGAAUUCCGCCAACAUCUGGAGACUCGAUUGAUGCUCGGAAGGCAAGCACUUGCUUCUGUCUUAUUUUCUGCCUUUGCCAACACCUCAAAGGCAGUCGAGGAGAUAAUUGGUGUCUUUGUGCGUGUUCCCUCUUUGCCCAGUGUCCCCCCCUACCCUGAUUGUACCCCCCUCCACCCUCCCCCUCUGAUAACACUUUGUGCUCGAAAGUUGGAGGGGACUAAGGUUGAGGGUUCGUUCGAGCUGUAUGGAGCAGAUUUUAUGAUUUCUGAGGAUGAUUUUCGACCGUGGUUGAUUGAGAUCAAUGCGAGUCCUUGCAUGGCCCCCAGCACAUCUGUCACUUCGGUGCUGACAGCCCAAGUGCUUGAGGAUACGCUAAAGGGUACGUCUGUCCCUGUUUAUGGUAGUCAUGGCCUGUGUGGUGGUGGUGGUGGUGGUGGUGGUGGUGGUGGUGGUGGUGGU